AAAAGCCCGUGGUUAUCGCCGCCGCCCAUGCCUCUCAUAGCCUCUGCAGCCUCCCUUGUCCUCGAUGUCGUUCGUUCUUCCCUCGUGUCCGUGAAUUGCGCGUUCCACCUCUCAUUUCUUUCUCACUACUACCACCACUAGCCCUUUCUCGCCGAUAAGGUCAACCCUUCCCCGAGCCAGAGCGUCGAAUACCACCUUGUACCUCAAAACUCCGACAAGGGCGUCCGCUCUGAGACUAUAUCUUCCCACCUAGGCCCUAUCGAGUUCCACCUGUGGUCACCCUUCACUCACCGAGGACCCGUCCCCUCCCCAUCAUUCGCCGGGCUCUUCAACCGCGCCGGCCACCAUGCUUACCUUCAAGAAAGCCCUUGUGCUUUCCCUGGCUUGUUUGACGCUAUUCUUCAUCUUCAAGUCGCAGCACCACGGUAGCACAGCCCCCAACUUCCGCAAUGCGAAGGAAAUGCCCAGGCCGACCGCCUGGGUGAACCCAUCCGACAGGGAGCGCGCGAAGCUCAAGGAGAAGGAGUCGAAAGAGGCGCAGAAGGCCGCAGAGAAGACCGCAGAGAAGGCGGAAAAGACCUUCGAUACGCCCGAUGCGCCAGCGCCCAAAAAGCCGAAAACCCAAAUCAGCAUGGACGAGCUGAGGAAGCGCCCACUCAAGGAACAGCUCGAAUACCAGUUCCCCUACGAUGUCGACGCGAAGACGCCCGCAUACAUUUGGCAGACAUGGAAGUACACACCGGCACAGGGCGAGUUUGAGGAGAUGUUCCGCGAGCCAGAGGCCAGCUGGAGCAUCCACCACCCGUCUUUCGUCCAUGAGGUCAUCACCGAUAAUGUCGCAGUACACCUGAUCAGACAUCUAUAUUCUUCUGUUCCAGAGGUCAUUGAAGCCUACAACGCUCUCCCUGUCCCUGUGCUGAAAGCUGAUUUUUUCCGCUACCUUAUCCUCCUUGCCCGUGGCGGCAUCUACUCGGAUAUCGACACUUCGGCAUUGAAGCCUGCGUCGGAUUGGAUACCCUCUGACGUACCCGCGAACACCUACGGAAUGGUCAUCGGCAUCGAGGCUGAUCCAGAUCGCCCGGACUGGGCCCAGUGGUACUCCCGCCGCGUCCAGUUCUGCCAGUGGACUAUUCAGUCGAAGCCUGGCCAUCCCGUGCUUGUUGAUGUUGUUACAAACAUCACCCAGGAGACACUUAACCGCAAGCACGCGGGCAAGCUCAGCAAAGACUACAAAGGCAUCAUCGAGUUUACCGGGCCCGCUGUCUGGACCGAUACCAUCUUCGACUACUUCAACAACCCCGACUACUUCGAUAUGAGCACAAGCAAGGGUAACAUUACAUGGGAAAACUUUACCGGCAUGAAGGCGCCCAAGAAAGUUGGUGAUGUCAUUGUCUUGCCCAUCACAAGCUUCAGCCCCGGCAUUAAGACCAUGGGUGCUGGCGAGGAUGACGACCCAAUGGCCUAUGUGAAGCACAACUUUGAAGGUACCUGGAAGCCUGAGAGCGAGCGCCACAUCGGCAAGACAUACAACUGAACGAACAAUCCCUGCGAAUCGUCCGACCGAGCUCACCACAUCACACCACAUCACACAACCGUAUUCACAUAUAGUGUACACCGCAUUGAGCUGCAAAGGAAAUGGGCAACAGGGAGUUGCGCGGCGGGCAUCAGAUAAUGCCGAUUCGAGUCGCGUGUGAGGAAAUACAGCUUCCGGGGGUACAGGCUAGUGGGUUGCGUACACGCGUAGUUGUGAGGCACAGCACUGGCAGCCAGACUAUCAACGUCGAAUCAUUUCUGCUGUUGCCCCGACGCUGGCAUGGAGAACAGGAAGCAGCGCGGGCACGGAACAUGUGUUGGUACAGCACCAGCAUUUUCAAAUCGGCUUCAAGCGCUGAAGUACGAAAAGUUUCUGUUUUGA